UUCCUCUCCACAAUCACACUUCUGAAUGGACUGCGGACCGUCGUCGUUCUGCAAGGGAACCGAUCUGUAAAUACACACUUAAUCCCGGCUGGCACCGGCGUACCUUCACAGGCCAGGUCUUCCAAUAUCGCAUCACCGUUGUGUUCACUCAACAACUCGAUAUCACACCUUGGAGGACAACACCGCAAAAAGAACACAACCCCUGUUCGGAAACAACAUUAGCAGCGAUGGACAGCAGGAUAGUCCCCCGGGGCUUCUUGUCCUUGUCCCGUCUGCCUCGGCCGGUUGGCUGGCGACGGUCGUUGGCGAAAUGCGUGAGGGCGAGAAGGGGGUUUGCUACCAUGGACGGGGUUGGGAAUGAAAAUGCACCCACCCCUCGCAAAAACGGCAUCGGCAUCCAAAUGAUCUCCCACUACCUCCACUCCACCCUCUUCCCCUCCCACAAACCGACCCAAAAACCCUGGCAGCUCGCCCUCGCCCAACAGCACCUCAGCACACACAACCUGCUCAACAAAGCCCUCGACGUCACGCCCGACCCCAACAUCGACCUGCCCCCGCUUGUUGGGGCUGAUAUGAAGGAGCAUAUACGUGUGUUGGGUGAGGAGCAGGCUGCGGGGUAUUUGAGGCUGGCGGAGGGGUUUAUGAGGGAGGGGUUGCCGCCGUUACCCGAGACGUGGAGACAAGGUCCGAAAGCGGAGGGCUGGGUGCGGUACGAUACCCGCAAGAAAAGUUACGUGACGAAAUCGGUGCCGUACCCCGACGACGACGCGCUGGUGUUUGAUACCGAAGUGUUGUAUAAGAUUGGCGGCUUUCCCGUCAUUGCAGUCGCCGCGUCCAGCAGGUACUGGUAUGCGUGGACGACGCCCGGGUUGUUCUCGGGCAAAGAUCCGGAGAAUUUCGUGCCGAGGACUUUGAUACCGCUUGGACCCCAUGAUCGAAAAAGGAUCGUUGUGGGGCAUCAUGUUGCGUAUGAUCGCGCGAGGAUACUGGAGGAGUAUAGGCUGGAGGGCACGGAGUUUGGGUUCGUGGAUACGUUGAGUAUGCAUUCGGCGGUGGGUGGGUUGUCGACGCAGCAGCGGCCCGCAUGGAUUAUGAGGAAGCAGCAGGAUAGGAUUGCGAAGUUGCAGCAGGGGGAUCUUGAUGGGGCGAGCGGGGAGGUUGGGGGUGGGGAUGGCGGGAAGGCGGAAGGGACGGCGGAAGGGAAACGCCGGAAGAAGGACGUUGGUGAGGCUGGAGAGGCCCCGCAGAGUGUUGAUGGUGGGAAGGAGGCGGAAGCGAAGAAGGAACCGAGACCCUCCACCACCCGCCCAGGGGUACUCAAGCCUACUGGGCCGGACAUGCCCACCUUGGAAGAAUUCCAGGAACCAGGCACGACCACGACGUCCUGGGAAGACGUCUCCUCCCUCAACAACAUGGGGCACAUCGCGGAACUCUACCUCGGCGAACAAGUCGACAAGUCCGUCCGCAAAGAUUUUGAAACCACCGACCCGCGCACCGUCAUCGACAACUUCCAAGAACUCAUGUCCUACUGCGCUAAAGACGUCGACGUCACCCACCGGCUCUUCAAAGCCAUCAUGCCGCGCUUCCGCGCCAAGUGCCCGCACCCGGCCUCGUUUGCCGGGAUGCUGCAUAUGGGGAAGGGGUACCUCCCCAUCUCGGACGACUGGAACAAGUACGUGAGGGACUCGGAGGCAAAGUUCCAGGAGUUUCACCAGGAUAUCCAUGUGCGGUUGACGCGGUUGGUGGAUGAGGCGGUGGAGAAGGGGAAGGAUGGGAGUUGGAAGAGUGAUCCGUGGCUGUCGCAGUUGGAUUGGACCAUUCAGGAAGCGAAGUUUACAAAGGCGGGGAAACCGGCGAGGCAGCAGGGGUUACCCGGCAAACCGAAAUGGUACAGCGAUCUGUGGGAUAAGAAGACCGGCUCGUUGAACAUCUCGCUGCGGACACGGAUCACGCCUUACCUGCUCGCGCUGCAGUGGAAGAAAUAUCCGCUGUACUAUAUCUCCGCAUUCGGGUGGACAUACGUCGUCCCGAAAGGCGAGGUGGUCGACGGCGGGCAGGACACCCAGCGGCUGCGGUUCUCGGACAAGCCCGGCGAGCGGACCUACGACCCCCGCGCGUCGCAUGAUACCACGCACGACUAUUUCCGCGUGCCGCAUCCAGGCGGCGACGGCGCGAACUGCGGGUCGCCGUUAUCCAAAUCGUUCAUGACAGCGUUUGAGAACGGGACCCUGACGAGCACGUACGAGGGGGCGCGGCAUAUCCUGUCCCUGAGCUCGCAGUGCACGUACUGGUUGAGUGCGAAACAGCGGGUGAAUUCGCAGUUUGUGAUCUGGGAACGGGAUCUGAAGGGUUUACCGGGCGGUGUGCCCAAGAUGCCGGAGGGGAAGGGGUAUGGGGUCAUCUUACCGCAGUCGAUUACGAUGGGCACGGUUACCAGGCGUGCGGUGGAGGGGACGUGGAUGACUGCUGCGAAUGCCAAGAAGAAUCGGAUCGGGACCGAGUUGAAGUGCCAGGUGCAGGCGCCGCCCGGGUAUAAGAUGGUUGGCGCGGACGUGGACUCUGAGGAACUGUGGAUUGCGAGUCUGUUGGGCGACGCGCAGUUUAAUAUGCACGGCGCGACCGCGAUCGGGUUCAUGACUCUGCAAGGGAGUAAAGUCAACAAGACGGACUUGCAUACGGUCACGGGCAACAUCCUCGGCACCUCGCGCGACAACGCCAAAGUCUUCAACUACUCCCGAAUCUACGGCGCAGGUAUCAAAUACGCCGUUCAACUCCUCCUCCAAGCCUCCCCCGGGCUCGCCAAGGACGUUGCGUUGCAAAAGGCAGAGCAGCUGUAUAGGUCCACAAAGGGGUUGAGGAGUAAAGGGAGGCAGAUUUGGGAGGUGGAUGAUGCGAAGACAAGUGUGCAGUAUUAUCAUGGCGGGACUGAGAGUUUUAUGUUCAAUCAGUUGGAAAGGAUUGGGACGUCAAGGAGGCCGAAGACGCCGGUGUUGGGGUGUGAGAUUCCGAGUAGUUUGAUGCCGGAGUUUGUGGGACCGCAUUACAUGACAUCCCGCGUAAACUGGGCCGUCCAAUCCUCCGGCGUCGACUACCUCCACCUCGUCCUCGUCUCCAUGUCCUACCUCACGCGCCGCCUGAACAUCUCCACACGUUUCAUGCUCUCCAUCCACGACGAGGUGCGGUUCCUCGUUAAAGACGAGCACGCCAUGCUCGCCGCGCUGUGUUUGCAGAUCUCCAACCUAUGGGUUCGCGCCAUCUUUGCGGAGAGCGUCGGGAUCCGCGAUUUGCCGUCCUCUGUUGCGUUCUUUUCGAGGUGGAUAUGGAUUGUGUGACGCCGAGUAAUACGGUGCCUGUGGCGCCGGGGAAGAGCGUGGAUGUGUUUAAGGUCGUGGAGGAGGUUGAGGAGUGGAAACGCGUGAAUGGGGUCACGGGUAGUUUGUGGGCUGGGAAGGAGGUGCCGGGGGUGUUGGCGGUGCAGAAACGGGUGUUGGAGGACAAGUUCAGGCAGGAGAGGGAGCGGGAGGCACUUAAGCAGAAACUUGGGCCGCGGUUUGCGACGCUUGUCACUGGCGACGCGACGAAGAAAAGGGAGGGUAGCGAUGCCGAUGAGACGCACCUGCGGUUCUUGCAAGCCAAGGAAGCGAUGGACAGUGCGCGGAUCCGGCUGCAGAUGGCGGCGACGAAAGAUGAAGCUGAGGAGGAGUUG